UAAAAAUAUAAACAACAUAUUAUUAAAAUGUAAACACAAUUAAUCAACAGUUUACUACAGUCUUCCAUCACAACCAGUCAAGAGAUCAUGUCAUCUACUAUGCAGGAUCUGGUUCUUUGUGUUCUCAUGGUGGCUGUUGUUAUCCAAGCUGCUGUGGUUGCUGAGGGGCCAGAUGAUAUAGGUGGUCCAUCCGGCUGCUGUGACUGGCCUUCAUGCUACGAUGAGAGAGUGGGCCUUUGUUUGGAUACCUGCCUCAGUACCUGGACCCAGUGUCCUCGCAGUCUCUUCCUUAUGACCUGUUACAGUAAAUACAUGUCUCCCUUCGGUGAACUUCCUCUUCAAUGCUUCCCUGAUGCUGCCCCACAUCUAGAGGUAGCUGAGGAGCUUGGAUUGACCGGAACCCCUCAGAAGAUUCGUGAAGAACUACAUAAGUUUAACGGGAAGAGUUGUCAUGUCAAAACUGGAAUUUGUCGUCCCACAGCUUCAUAGUACUCGCAGAUCAUAGAGUUUUAUUAUGAUUGUUUUACAUUUUUUACAACUGGAAAUAUAAUGUUAAUUUUACCUA